AUGCCUAAAUCCCAGGUAGAUUUUGCAGGCCCUAGUUACUUUGGAGGCAAAACCGGGGACAUACACAUAUGGGAUCAGGAAUCCGGGGCACUGCUUCACCAUGUUCGAGCCCAAGAUCUCGGUGGGGACCUGACUUGCAUAGCCUGGAACCAUGCCGAAGACAAUCCUUUCAUGUUCGCCACAGGAAGUCAUGAUGGCGCUCUACGAAUAUGGACAAAAAUUGAGCGACAAUUGCAAGCUCAUUCUUCCCCGGCUGGGCCGGAUGAUCAGCUUCCUUUCUUCACUCGCAGCUCCUCGCCAUCUGAGAUGGAGGGCAUGCAGCGCACAGAAAGCCCAUUAACACAACAGGAGUUCGAGUCGUCUUUUGCGAACAGUAUGGAGAGCUUGACAUCGUCCUCUGGUAACAGGGAGAGGGUUGUGGCAUUUGCUACAACACAUGCAGCCUCAAACUCUGGAAUGUUAUCGUAA